CCCGUCGGCUGCUGCUGCUGCUGCUGCUGCUGCACUUUGAACUGAGCGCAGUUCUGCUAUUUUGACGUAGCACGGGACGGACAGUUUCCUCCAAGGGAGAAAAAAGCGGGGGGACGGAAAGCUGCGACCUGCCUGCCACGGGAGAGCUGGUCCUUCGCUCGGACAGACACCCGGACCCUGCGUCGCGGUGACCGCGGACCGCCGCGCUCUGUUGUUGUGGCUUCAUUUGACAGCUGGCUGAGCAUCCAAAAGAGUGGUUGAAAGGAAUCCCUGCUGAAGCCUCCUCUGAUUGUGCUCUUCAAAGCAGAUCCGAAUCUUAUCUGGAGCAGUAGAUAACAGCAACGCCCUUAAAGGUCAUAAUGGAUUACCGACGAGUCCCUGAAACCUGCAAAAUCCAGACCAGGAAGAAUCUGAUCGCCAUGGUUUGAUUGGAGAGCUGUCUAAACACACACGCUGUCAGCCACGAUGGAGAUGAGAUGCCUGGAUAAGGACACAUUGUGGGGUUCGACAUGGUUUGCCUAAAAGACAUGACCUGGACUUGCUGGGAUUUCCUCUGAGCUGCUCGGACUGGGUUUUCAUCCCGUUUACGUCCCUCAUCUCUCAGGAAAUCCAAACUUGACUGAAAAGAUUUUUGUGUAAGGUUCUUUGCGAGAUGGAGCACAUGAGGAAACGUGCUCCUGUUCAACGCCUGACGCCAGUGACAUAAGAAGAAUUUAAACCGAUAGAGACUGUAUGACUCGGGCAUCAUCACAAAACACAAACCUUUAAUCUGGAGUGUUUCUUCCACCGGCUCCAGCAUGCAUUGCCCUGUCAGGAAGAAACGUCCCACGCGUGACUCUGAUUUCUCGGCUAUCGUUGUUCCCUCCAUGCACGGGUCUGGCUACCUCGAUUACACUGUCGAGAACCACGCUUCCAGAUCCUUUUUGGCCAUUGAUGAGUUUAGACGGCAAGAGAUGCUGUGCGAUCUGGUGUUACACGUCACGUACAAGGACCGGACGAUGGACUUCAAGGUUCACAAAGUGGUGCUGGCCUCCUGCAGCGCCUUCUUCAGAGCCAUGUUCACCAGAGGCUUCAAGGAGUGCAGUGCUUCGGAGGUCACCCUGCGCGACGUGUGCCCUGAGGUGGUGGGCAGACUCAUCGACUUCGCCUACACGUCCCGCAUCACGGUGGGAGAGAAAUGUGUGCUGCAUCUGCUUUUGGCCGCCAUGAGAUAUCAGAUGGAGGACGUGGCCAAGGCGUGUUGCGAUUUCCUCACAAAGCACCUGGAGCCGGCCAACGUCAUCGGGAUCUCCCGCUUUGCCGAGGAGAUCGGCUGCACGGAGCUGCACAAGACGUGCCGAAAGUACAUCAACUCGCACUUCAGGGAGGUGACCAAAGUAGACGAGUUCUUCAGUUUGUCUCACUGCCAGCUGCUGGAGCUCAUCAGUCAGGACAGCCUGAAGGUGCUCUGUGAGUCUGAGGUGUAUAAGGCGUGCACAGACUGGGUGAGCUCGGACAUGGAAGGCAGAGCCCAAUACCUACAUGCUCUGUUGAAUGCUGUUCAUAUUUAUGCGCUGCCUCCUAAGUUUCUAAAGGACCAGCUGCUGUCCUGCCCCAUCCUCAGCAAGGCCAAUUCCUGCAAGGACUUCCUGUCCAAAAUAUUCCAGGAAAUGACGCUGAUGAAAGUUCCUCCUGCACCCAUUCGUGGAACCCAGCUCAUCUAUGUGGCCGGAGGAUACCGGCAGCAUUCCCUGACCACCAUGCAGGCGUACGAUCCCAGGAGGAACAUCUGGAUGAAACUGGCCGACAUGGGAACUCCAUGCAGUGGCCUGGGAGCCUGUACGCUGUUUGGACUCAUUUACGCUGUGGGAGGCAGGAACCUGUCACUUCAGACCAACUCAGACUCCAGCUCUCUGUGCUGCUACAACCCAAUGACCAACCAGUGGAGCCAGCGAGCCUCUCUCAACAUCCCCAGGAACCGGGUCGGCGUGGCUGUGGUGGACGGCUGCAUCUACGCCGUGGGCGGCUCCCAGGGCUCCGUGCAUCACAACACAGUGGAGAGGUGGGAUCCAGAAUGUAACCGCUGGUCUUUUGUGUGUCCGAUGUCCGUGGCUCGACUCGGAGCGGGCGUGGCGGCCUGCGGGGGGGCUCUGUACGUGGUGGGGGGGGGGGCGGGGCCACCCGGCCUCUAUGACUCGAACACCUGGCACCCUCUAGCUCCAAUGAACACGAGACGCAGCGGACUGGGAUUGGUUAGCAUGAACUCUUACCUGUACGCCAUAGGAGGCUAUGAUGGGCAGAACCAGCUGUGCACAGUGGAACGCUACAACACCACCAGGAACAUCUGGGAGCCCAGGGCCUCCAUGAAUCACUGCCGCAGCGCGCUGGGAGUCACAGCCCACCAGGGACGCAUCUACGUCUUCGGGGGGUUUAACCAGCACGGCUUCCUGUGCAGCGUCGAGCGCUACUGUCCGGACCAAAACGAGUGGGCGCUCGUCACCGACAUGCCCGCUGGACUCAGCGGCAUGGGCGUCACCGUCACCAUGGAGCCCUGCCCCGGCGCCCUGCCCGACCAAGAGGACGAGGAUGAAUCCAUGUAGGCCAAAGGACGAAGAGGUGUUGUAAUUAAAAGGCAAAAACGGGCAAAGAGGGUUCGUGAAAUCAAAAGGCGUUCCAAAAUCUGUGCAAAAAGAAAAACUUUUUUUUUAUGUCGCCUCCUUCAUGGAUUUCGCAGAGAAUGCAUCGCAGGAGUUUAAUUGCCCUCCUUGAUGUGGGCCGAAGGGUAGUCACUGUUUCAAGCACAAUCACGCACAAAAAAAGAAACUACCUGACUGAAAGGAAAGUUUAUUGAGACUUUUUCUUUAAAAAAAAGGAAAAGACAGAUAAGGCUUUAUUUGGCCUUGGUGAAGGACUCUCAUGUUGUUAUUGACCCUUUCUUUGUCCCCUUCAGGUUGUCAGAACAGUAUUAAAUUUCUAAAAAGUCCAUUUAAAUCAAUUUGAUUGUUUUUACUUCUACUUUUUUCUGUCUUUUCUGUUAGCACCUUUGACAGUGAUUCUCAAAGGUUCACCCCCAGUUCAACAUCAAUGUGUUUAGACUUGCACCAGUGAGACCACGAUGAAUACGUUUCUCAUAAUUUUCACUUUUAAGUUAAUCUAUAUCCUUUACUAUUUACUAUUUUUAAAAAUCAAUGUGCUGUGUAGCAAAUAUUAUAGUUAUUUUCCAGCAGCUGCAUGGAGUAAUCACUACCUGGGAUCUACGUUUUUAAUGAUCCCAAUGCAAACAAACGUUGACCCUGUUUACCAAUCUCUGAUAUGCAAUAAACCUCAUUGCAUAUCAAUUAUCGACAUGUUGGGUCAUUGCCAUCGUAGCAUACAUUCUCCUUAGCUGAUGCCGCCACAUAGUGACAUUAUUCUGAUUCUACUUAUUUUGUUUCCAGUUCAGUUUUGCUAUACAAAUGUAAAUAUUCAUCAUGGUCUCAUUUCUUGGUAUUUUACUGGGUUUUGUAAAGUUUUGAGAGCCACUGUUUCCUGUUCAGAAGAAGCACUUUAAAAAAAAUGUUUUGCUGUUAAUUCAGUCCCCUGGUUUUUGUGUACCAAUAUUCCUGUGUAAUCAUUUCUUUUUUAUUGUUGUUGACUGUGGCGAUAAAUGUAAGUGUAUAAGUUAAUUAUAAACAUAUCUCUGUCAGUGUUCAUGUAAUAAUCUUGUGUUUCUU